GUUAAAGCAGUCUUCCACACAUCAAUCAAAGAAGCAGCACACACAGCAUUAGACAACGGCCUUCAAUUGCCUGGCCUUCCCUCCCUCUCCCACGUAUAUAUCUCCUCUUCACAUAUAUACACGCAUUCUCCAUCGCACUUCCAAAAUCAAUUCCAAUUCCAAUUCCAAUUCCACCAAAUUAACCAACUAAUGGGCCUACAGAACCACCUCUCCGACCUCUCCUCCGAAUCAAUCCUCAUAAUCACCGCAGUUCUCCUCGGAAAAAGCUUCAGCUACCUCCAAUCCCUAAUACUCACCUUCCUCCACAACCUCGGCCUCCUCUCCCCGCCUCCGCCCUUCGACGCCGACCGCGACUUCGUCUCCGCCCUCAACGACGUCGUCGGCUCCGGCCUCGCCACCCUCAUCGUCCUCUGCGACCAGCUCGCCCUAUGCUCCUACCCGAACCACCAGGAUCCGGACGCCGACUGCGCGGUGUGCCUCAACCGCCUCGCGCGCGGGGACCGCCUGCGCACUCUCGCGUGCCGCCACGUCUUCCACAAGGACUGCUUCGACGGCUGGCUCCACCACCUCAACUUCAGCUGCCCACUCUGCCGCGCUCCGGUGGUCUCCGACGACCACGUCGACCGCGCGCGGCGGCGCGUGGCAGACCAUCUGCUGGAUUGGCUCCCACCUCACGGCGCGUGAAUUGAAUUUCCCCCUUUUUUAGCCCUAAUUUUUUUUGUGAUCGUUUAUUCUUUUCUCUUUCGGGGGUACAUUUGACUUUUCACCCCUUUUAGUUGCAUUGCUUUGUUCUUUUUGCCUUUCCAAUUGGAAGUGGGAAGGGUUUUGCAACUGUUUUUUCCAACUUUGGAAUAUGUUUACUGUUAAUUUUUUAAAUAUGAAUAACUGUUUUUACUA